AUGAAGGGAAAGUGGACUGUACCCAUAUGCACCUGUGGAGACUCCAGUCUCUACACCGAUCUUAUCAUCUCCGAGGAAGGCAUGUCUGAACAUUCCAAUUCCAAGUAUGUUGAUAGGGAGAUCAAAUUUGUGCUUGAGAAUCUCGACAUCUCAUCAUUAAGCUUACUUCCUGGGCACGCCUAUAUCCACAAUAUCACUGACAUCGACAUCACCGCUCCUGCCGGGUCGCAGUCAACCACCACUGCCAUUGGCACACUCAUGCACAUCCAGAUGCUCACUGGGAGUAGACAAUCAGGCCACCAUACGAGCCACUGGGGCCUUCCAUUCACAGCCAGGACACCACCUAAUGGACACCUUUCAUGA